GGAGGAAUAGUUCCCCAUCGUUGGUGUCAGUGGGGGGGGGGAGGAAAUAGUGCCCCAUCAUUGGUGUCAGUGGGAGGAAUAGUGCCCCAUCAUUGGUAUUAGUGACACCAAUGAUGGGGCACUAUUCCUCCCACUGACACCAAUGAUACUUACCUUGCUGACUCCUGCUCCAGCCAUCUGCACGCUACAGACACUUACCUGUCAGCUGUCUUCCUUCUCCGGCCACUCCCUCGCUCGAGCUUCUUUGAUAUUCGCGCUGCUGCUUGGCUCCUCCUCCUCGCUGGUGAUUGGCAGCCUGUGUGCCUCUCCUGAGCUACAGUUCUGGCGGCCAAUCACUGGCGAGGAGGCGGAGCUAUUGAGUGAACCCGGGGAUGUGGCCAGAUGA